AUGUUAAAUUCUCCAUCACCAAAAAAAUCAAUAAUCAAUAAACUAUCACCAAGUGAAAUAGAUAGAAAUAAAUUACAAAAUUCUCAUUAUAUAACUAAUUUAUCACCAAAAUUAUCUUUGGAACAAAAACUAAUCAAGACAACAGAGAUUAUCUCGUCUACAAUAGAGAAUAUAUUACCAUCAUCAACAACAACAACUUCAUCUGGUAUACCAAUGCCACGUCAAUUAAAUUUAUAUCAACAAUCUAAUAUGAAUUCACAUCAUAUGUCAUCAUCAUCAUCAUCAUCUUCUUCAAAGAUUAAAGAAUCCCCAACAAAAAUGGAACGUAUUCCAUAUAUGAAUUAUCCAAUUCAAAAUCAAUCAGCUUUAGAUAAUCAUUCAAUGAAUAAUACAACUUGUCAUAUGAAUAUGAAUAGUAUAGAUAAUACAUAUCAAACAACUAAUAUUCAACCACGUAUAACAUUAAGUCAACAUUAUCAUAAUACUACUACUAAUACUGCACAGAAACAAUAUCCAUAUUCAAUAAACUAUAAUCAAUCAAUAACAUGUAUGAAUAAAUUAUCUGGAAAUAUUAUACAUACUACUACUAAUACUACUACUCCAACUCAUCCUCCUCCUGCUCCUCAUACUACUACUACUACGACGACGGCGACGACGACGACUACUACACCAAUGAAUAUUCAUCAACAAAAUACAUACCAAACUUUAAAACAAAUAACUACAUCUCAAGAAAUAUCAUCAUCAAUGAAUUAUUCACCUUCUCUACCACCGCCGCUGCCUCAUCAUCAUCAUCCUUCACAUUAUCAUCAACAUCAACAUCAACAUCAUUCUAUCCAAUAUCCAAAUACAUUUAUCUCGGGAACAAAUGAAUUUCAACUUCCAAUUACACCAGAGCGAUCUCAUUCAAUCAAUUCAAUAUCAACAAGCACAAUACAACCAUUAAUGUCUAGUUAUCUUCAUGAUACACGACGUUAUAUGACAGGAAACAGUAUAUUUGAACAAAGGACUAAUCAACAACAACAACAACACUUUCAAUCUACCCAACAAACUCAUCAAUCUCAUCAUCAAACAAUACCGCUUCAAUCAAAUUCACACAUUAUCAAAACUGGUAUUCCUUAUUCAAAUGAUAGUAAUAUUAAUUAUUCUACAGUUAACCAGUCAAUACCCAUAGGUCUACCACCACCACCACCACUACCGCUCACACAAUGUGCACAAAUACACAAUCAUUCAUCCAAUGUAAACAUACAACAAUACUCACCGAUAAUUCAACCAUUUGUUCCACCGAUUUCAUAUCGUCCAGCUACUCAAGCGCCGAAUUCCAAUUUUAUGCCAAUUACACACUGUAAUUAUUCAAGUGUAACAAAUGCUGCUCCUACUGUUGCCAUAACGACGACGACCACCACCACUACUACUACUACUACUAUUUCUACUAUCAAUGGUAUUACUACAACUACGAUUAUAAACAAGAAUAAUGCAGUUAUAAGUCGUCGUGUUAGAAUUCAAGAGACAAAUCAAGCUCAAAAUGUAUCUAAUCAUCAAUCUAUGCAUUCAGUACAACAAGUUAAUAAAACAUCAUUGCUAACAAAAACGAGACAAGAAAUGAAUGCAGCUACUACUACUAGCAGUAGUAGUAGUAGUACAUCAACCAAUCUGACAUACAAAUAUUUGUCUAAUAUAUCGUCUCAAACACAAAAUGUGAAAGAAACUAUCCAACCUUCAUCAGAAACUACUCAUCCAGAUUAUUUUCAUUCUCAAUCUGGUACACUUAAUCCUAUCCAAUCUACUGAAAUAAUUACAACAGAGACCACAUCAUCAGGAUUAGCAUCACCAACUCUACCAGUAAUCAAUAUAGAACAACAAUCAUCAUCAUCAUAUCAUAGAAGUUUAAGUAAAAAAUCCAUAGACAAUACAGAACAACGUCGUAAAGCUCGUGAAUUAUAUGUUGCUUUAAAACAACGUUAUCCAUCAACUAAUCAUAAUAACACUAUAAAUAAUGAUUCUGUAAAUCCACAUCGUCGUCAUCAUCAUCAUCGUCAACAACACCGUCUUAAUGAUGAUGAUGAUAAUGAUAAUGAUAAUGAUAAAAUACAAACAUCUGAUAUGAAAACUAUUAUAAAACCAAAUCAGAAUAAUGAAACGAACCAACAUAGAAAUAAUACAUUGAUUACUCAAUCCAUUGAACAAACUAAUACAAAUCCAAUAACUAUACAACCAUUACAACAAUCUAAUCCUUUAACCGAUGAUAAUCUAUCAAAAAAUAAUCAAUUAAUAAAUCAAUAUUAUUCAGAAAGUAAUUUACAAUUAAUCCCAUCAAAAUCCAAUGAAAUUCAUCGAAAUAAUCUUGAUCCACAACAACACUAUCACCACCAACAGCAACUUCAACAACAACAACAACAACAUACACAGCAACAUCACCAACAACAACAGCAACAGCCUCAACAACAGCAGCAACCUCAACAACAACAGCAAUUACAACCCAAUCCAUGUGUAUCAGAGAAAGUUGAUCUAUAUAAAAGUAAUUCAUUACAAUCGAAUGUCAUGAAAGAACAUUUAAUGAUGAAUAAGAAAUGUAAUUCAUCCGAUAAUAAUAAUAAUAAUCAUCAUUAUCAAAUGAAUCGAAUCUAUUGUGGUUAUCAAUCAGAUAGUGGAAUAGAAUGUAUUAAUUUACCAAUUCAUAAUAUAAAUUUCACAUUACCAUUACAAACAAAACAAUCAAAUAUGAAUGAUCCAUUACAUCAUACUAAUAUAAUUGGAUCAUUGCCAAGAAAUUUACAUAAUCCUUAUUCUAUGAUAUAUCAAUCAAAGAUGUUAAAUUUUAAUUCUAUGAAAUCAUCUAUUCAUCAAAUUGAUGUUCAUCAUGAACAACAACAAUCUCAACAACAGGGAAAAGGAGUUGGAGGAAGUGGUGGUGGUGGUGGUGGUGGCGGUGGAGACGAAGAAGAGAAUCUAGGCAAUUAUGCACGUCGUAUGCAUGAACGAUUACAAGAAGGUAUGAGAGAAGCGCAAGAAUCAUUAUGGAUGCCUGAUUUACCAGAAUUAAAUAGGAUGAAUCGAUUAAGUGACAGUUCAUCAAUGAAUAAUAAUGGUAAUAGUAAUUCAUCAACCGCACAAUUAUCUGAUGGAAUGACAAAUUUAAGUUCAAGUAUCGAUAGAAAAAAACAAACAAUCAUGAAAAACAUCAAAACAGAACCUCCAACUCAAUUAAAUGAAAAAAAUUCUUACAUGGACAAUUGUUUAUUACCAUCAUCUUCAACACCACCAUCAUCCUCAACACCACCAUCACCAUCAUCAACAUCAACAUCAGUAUCACCAUCAUCACCAUCACCAUUCAUUAACUCUAUAAACAAUAAUAAUAAUAAUCAUUCUGAUUAUUCUAUUCAUAAACAAUCGAAUAGUUAUUCCCCCUUGAAUUCAAGAUUUUAUUGGUGUCAUAAAUUACAUAAUAAUCAACCAAUCAUAAACAAUUUCCAUUUACAAUCCCUUAGUAACAAUAAUAAUAAUAAUAAUGAAUAUACUAAUAUGGAUAUAAAAAAUGGUGUAUGUUCAGAUGUGGAAGAUUUAUUGAAUCAACAUGAAAGACGAUUAAUGUCCAUUUCAGGAACUGAAAACGAUAAGAAAACCAAUGAAUUAACACGAUUCAACUCAGCUUCAGAUACAGAAGAAUUUCUUUCUAAUGACUAUAGAAUUCAAGCAUCGAUAAGAGCUAUGAAUUAUGGUUACAUGGGAUGUGAUCCAAUUCAACCUUCACCAUAUAAUUGGUUACGUAAAGUGAAUAACAAUGAAACUGUUGGAGAUGGAUUGCAUAAUCGUUAUUUUAUUCCACCAAGAUUAUGUAAUCUAGAUUCUAGUAUAAAUCAGUCAGAUAAACUUGUUUCCGCAUCGGGUAUAUCACAACAACAAAGUUUACUGACAAGAGCAAGACGACGACAAAUUGACGGUAGAUCAUUAUCAUCGUCUAUCGCAAAGCAUGAUGAUGCUGAAAGAAUUUAUGGAAUUGUUCCAUUAUCACCAUCUUAUUUAUAUAAUCAAUUUAUGCCAUCUACUGGUUUAAUGAUUAAAGGAAUGAUGAGUAAUAGUAGUAGCAGUGGUAAUCGAACUAAUCAAGAUAAUGAGAUAAAUUUACCAGGAACUAUAAGUGCACCACCUGGAACACCAAUUAAAUUACCAUAUGCUGCUCCAGCCAGUCUAAUUGGUACAACAUCUGGCUUUAGUUGCCCAGAAUCUGGUUCACAAAUAAUCAGUGGAUUAGGAGUGAAUGGUUCAAGGCUAUCGCUUACUUCAAAUGGAUCUUGUGUAUCUACGGUAGAGGAAAAACAAGCUGAAGAAAUACAAAAACUUAAACGUAAACUUGAACAAGCUGAGAAAAAAGUUAGUGAAUUAACAACACAAUUAACAACGAAUGCUCAUGUUGUCUCAGCUUUUGAACAAAGUUUAAACAAUAUGUCACAACGGCUACAGAAUUUAUCAAAUACCACAACAAGGAAAGAUUCAGAACUACAUGAAUUAAGAGCAACAAUUGAUGCAUUACGUAGUCAAACAGAAUUAGGACUAUUAAAAAAACCGCCAAUUAAUCGACCUUGUGAAUUGAAUAGAUCAUUUACUAAUGAUACAUUGAAACAACAAGAAAACUCAUGCAUUUCUACUACUACUACUUCUACCACUAAUAUUAUUACUACUAAUACUACUUCCAAUACUGGUAGUAAUAGUGAGAAUGAACAAGCACAUAUUAAUUCACGUUUAACAAUUUCAAAUGCAAGUCUUACUGAUGUAGAUAGUCAACAAUUACAAAUGGAUAAUUCAAUUGAUAAAGUAUCAUCUACCACAUCCGGUUGUAAAUCUUCAGGAACUAAUGUGAAGAAAAAUGGAUGGUUUCGUAAUUCACUUGGUAAAGCAUUCCGUAAAAAGACCACAUCAUCAUCAACACUAUCAAUACAUUCACAAAGUGAUAUAGAUUGUCCUACAUCAUCAAUACAACACAACUCUAUCUAUCAUAGUAACAAUAACAAUAAUAGUCUUCCUCCUGGACAUCCAUCCAACUUACCACAAAGUCCGACUAUGGAUCAUAAAGGAUUACAUAAUACUAUUAUAAAUCAAUCUAAUAUGAAUUCUAUACAAUCUAAUAGUCAUAUGAAUGCUUUAUCGGUCUUAUCCAAUACACAUUUGAAUGGUUUAUCUCCAUCGAAUUCAUCAACAUUAUCAUCGUCAUCAUCAUCAUGGAGUACAUUAGGAUUAAAUGGAAAUGGUCAAAAUAAUUGUAAUAUCAUUACAGCUACUACUACUACUAUUACUACUACUAAUAGUAGUAGUAGUACUAUUGUACCAUAUACAAAUGAACAAAUUAAUGAAUUGAAUCAUUUAAAAUGUCAAUUAGCUGAAAAAGAAUCUAAAUUAACUGAUGUACAAUUGGAAGCUUUAGCAAGUGCUCAUCAAUUAGAUCAAUUAAAAGAUGAAAUGUCACAUUUAUAUUCACAAUUAAAUUAUUUACGUACAGAUAAUGAAAGAUUACAAAUAUUAGUGACACAUUUACAAAAACAACAACAUUAUCAUCAUCAUCAUCAACAACAUCAACAUCAGCUACAACACAGUACUCCUGCUCCUGCUCCUCCUCCUGCUCCUCCUCCUCCUCCUCCUCCUCCUCCUCCUCCUCCUCCUACUACUACUACUACUAACAAUAAUAAUAAUAAUAAUAAUAAUAAUAAUAAUAAUAUGUCAAUAUUAUGUAAUGCAAAGAUAAUACCCGUUGAAUGUGAUACUUGUUCAAAUCUAUUUAUUGGCUUUUCUGAAAGAACAAUUAAUUUAAACAAUUCAUUCAUUGCAACAGUCAAUCUUAUUUUAAACAAUCCUCAACAUAAUAAUAGUAAUAAUAAUAAUAAUAAUUCAUCAACCAAUUCUAUUUUAAAUAUUGGUAUCCUUUAUUUAACAAAAUUAUAUAAUUGGGAAUCUAUAAAUAAUCAUCUUGUUAAUUUAUAUAAUUUAUAUACAUCCUAUUUGAAUUUGAACGACCCGCGUGACCUUCAAAUGAAUGAAUUCAAACAAUUUCAAUUACAUAUUGAUUCGUUGAAUUAUACAUGGUAUAUUGAAUUUCAUCAAAAUACAUCAAAUUAUUCCAUUCAAUUUAAGGAUGAUAAUAAUAAUAAGAGAACAAUUCAAAAUCCUCAACAUUUAAUUAAUUUAAUUCAAUCUCAAUCAAAACAAUUCAAUAUUCAAUUAGUUAUGAAUCAUGAUUUAUUGAAUAUUGAACAAGCAAAUUUAUUAGCGGAUCAUUUAAAUGAUGAUCAACAGAAUUUACUUAAACAAUUAAAUAAUUUAAUGAUAAAAACUUUAUUAAAUCGUGAUAUUUUAUAUUUUUAUUAUGAAUUAUUAUAUACAUAUCAUUUAAUGAUAUUCUAUGAUAUAGAUGAUGCUUAUAUGAAUAUAGUGAUACAAGCAUUCUAUGAGCAUAUUUGUUCAAGUAUAAAUUCAUCUUCAUUGAAAUUACAUCAUUUCAACUUAACUGAUAGUGAACAAACUACAAUGAAUGAUUUAUAUCAAUGUUUAUCACAAUAUAUGAAUAAUACAAUGAAUAGAACAGAACAAUUACCCACUAAUUUAAUCAUUCUAUUCUAUAUUCAAUCAAUGAAUCAAAUGUCUAAUGAUGAUUAUUUGAAAAUUAUCAAUGAUUUUCAAGUUUAUUAUAAUAGAAAGAAAGAUGAUCCAAAUAGAACAUGUUCAAUAUAUCUAAUUGGUACUUGGAUAACAUCAGUUGGCAACAGUUCAAUUGAAUCAUCAUCAUCAUCAUCAUCGUCGCCGUUAUCAUCAAUCCCAGGUCCACUUCAAAAUCUAACAACAACAUCAUCAUCAAUGAAUGUGAAAUUGAUCUCAUAUCCAAACAAAUAUAAUAGUAUAUAUAAAUCUGUACAAUGUUUCAAUGAAUUAAUUUGUUGGAUUCAAAUAGACUAUUCAUUUAAACAAUCUUAUAUGAUAGGUGAUUUAAAGAAACAACUUGUUCAUUCAUUAGUUAAUGAAUUCAAUGAAAAAUUAUCAUCAUCUUCAUUAUUGAAUCAAAUGGAUCAAGAAUAUUUAGAUAAAUUUCAUAAUCAAUUGAAAUGUUAUGAAGAUCUUAUUAAAUGGAUUCAACAGGUUCUCAAUUAUUUAAAUCAAUUCAUAAUAGAAUUGCAUAAUCAUUAUCAUGAAACCACAUUAGAAGAUACGCAUCAAUUUCAUUUGAUCAAUCCAUUAAUAUUUUUAUCUUUACCAUUUCAUGAUGAUCUCAGUAAUUCUGAAUUAUGGUUUAUUGAUUUAUGGAAUAAUCAAAUUGUAAAAAUGAUAAAAAAUUUUAUUGAUCAAUGGUCUAAUCAUCAUCAGAAAUCAAUAAAACAACCGGUAAAUUGUAUUGAUCCAACCAAUCGGAUUCUAUCAACAUGGCCAUGGCAUACAACAAAUUGGUUAGAAUGUUUUCAUAAACAUAAACAUAAUAAUACAGAUAUGAUAUCUCCACCAUGUUUAAUACAUCUUAUUGAAUGAUGCACAUAGAAAUACAGUUAAAUUUCAAUGUUGCUUAUAUACUACUUACUAUUAUUGUUAGUAGUACUAGUAGUAGUAUCAGAAAGUAACAACUUAAAGUGUUAUAUAUGAUCUUUAACCCUACCAGAUCAACAGAUUUACAUAGUUUCAUUCACUAGGAAAUGUAUAAUAUAACCAAUCCAAAAUAUAUCUUCUUAGCUGUCCCCUUUUUAUGUUCAAUUUGUAUAUACAUGAAAAUAAAGUUGCCUAGAAACAAUAUGUAUACAAAAUUAUUCAAAUAAAUUUAUAUGUGAACAAUGUGAUUUGAUUACAUGAUCAAGGAAUAUGGAUUUUGUUUUUGUUCUGUUCAUUCAUCAAAAACAUGAGUCCAUUGUAAAAUUCUAUCUAAUCAGUAUUUGGUAAUUAAUGAUGAAAAGAAAAUUAUAAACAAAUUGCUUACUUAUUUA